AUGUACGGAAAGCAAACGUGUGAUGAUCAAUUUAAAUUGUCGAGUUACGCCUGCAAUCUUCCCAAGGAAAAUUCAAAUGUCUACCAGAGAUACUUGGACAAAAUAAAAAUGAUUGGACGAAUAGACCCGUAUACCAUUAAAUUUCAAAAACCCGAAUUGCCUACUAAAGUGACGACGGGGAGUGUAAUAGAUUAUUUGAUAAACUUUCGGUCGCCUUACACCGGGAAUAUAAUAAAAAACAGUCGCAGUAUGGAAGGAUACAAAAAAUUCGAAAAUGGAUUUGUACAUUCAGUAGAUGGAAAGCUUUUGGGAGAAGAAUACAUCGUGAUGGGUAAGGUUAUUCAUUCAAUGCGGUUGAAUGAAUCUAUGCUACGUCCUUGGAUUAUUGUAAGGAAACCGGGUAAUAUUUUAUGUGCUCAUUGCAACUGUAUUGCGGGUAUCAGUGAAACAUGUUCACACGUAAGUGCCGUUCUUUAUUCGCUGGCGAACUUGCAUGCUCAAUGUACUGAUAGAAGGAUAACGGUAACGGAUAUACCUGCUUAUUGGUGGCAGCCACUAAAGCUUGUUAAAGAAGAUAUUUAUAAGCAAGUGAAGGAUACUAAUAAUGGAAACGCAACAAACAAAUUUUGCGACAGUAACAGUGUACCAACACGCGAAGAAUUUUGUAACCUGUUACAAAAAAUUGGCAAGGACGGAGGGGAUGAAGUAAUAUUAAACAGAAUAUGCAAUAAAGCCACUUUUGCUUGCAAGGACUGCAGAAGAGAACGAUUAAAGUUCACCAAUAUACAGGCCAAACGUACUAUUAAAUCCACAACGUUAAAACCAUUCUCAAACCGUCUCAAGGAGUCUACUAAAAUCGUCCCUUUAAGCCACCAUAUCAUGUAUGUCGAAUCCUUUGUCUGCCAGGACAACGUCACGCUCUUCUAG